AUGUCGAUGCACGGGAAAAGAAAAGAGAUUUACAAGUACGAGGCUCCAUGGACCGUGUACGCCAUGAACUGGAGCGUGAGGCCGGACAAACGGUUCCGCCUGGCCCUGGGAAGCUUCGUGGAGGAAUACAACAACAAGGUGCAGUUGGUGGGGCUGGAAGAGGAGAGUUCUGAGUUUGUCUGCAGAAACACGUUCGAUCACCCGUAUCCCACCACCAAGAUCAUGUGGAUCCCCGACACAAAGGGAGUGUACCCCGACCUUCUGGCCACAAGCGGGGACUACCUGCGUAUCUGGAGGGUCAGUGACACAGAGACUCGGCUCGAGUGUCUCCUCAACAACAACAAGAACUCAGACUUCUGCGCUCCUCUGACCUCUUUUGACUGGAAUGAGGUGGACCCCAACCUGCUGGGCACCUCCAGCAUCGACACCACGUGUACCAUCUGGGGCCUGGAGACAGGUCAGGUCCUGGGCCGAGUCAACCUGGUGUCGGGUCACGUGAAGACACAGCUCAUCGCCCACGACAAAGAGGUGUAUGACAUCGCCUUCAGCCGGGCUGGAGGGGGGCGGGACAUGUUUGCGUCUGUGGGGGCUGAUGGUUCUGUUCGAAUGUUCGACCUGCGGCACCUGGAGCACUCCACCAUCAUCUAUGAAGACCCUCAGCACCACCCUCUGCUCAGACUCUGCUGGAACAAGCAGGACCCCAACUACCUGGCAACCAUGGCCAUGGACGGCAUGGAGGUGGUGAUCCUGGACGUGCGAGUGCCCUGUACUCCGGUGGCGCGCCUCAAUAAUCACCGUGCCUGUGUCAACGGCAUCGCCUGGGCUCCUCACUCCUCCUGCCACAUCUGCACCGCGGCGGACGACCACCAGGCUCUGAUCUGGGACAUCCAGCAGAUGCCGAGGGCGAUAGAGGACCCCAUCCUGGCCUACACCGCUGAGGGGGAGAUCAACAAUGUCCAGUGGGCCUCCACACAACCAGACUGGAUUGCCAUCUGCUACAACAACUGCCUGGAGAUACUACGGGUGUGA